UAUCUGCUGUCGACAAACAUAACUAGGCAUUCCUAUUCCUUCUCCUUCGGUUUUCUUCUUUUUCUCUGCUUGGACGCGCCUCUCAAGCACCUGUAUGAUUCACUUACGAGUAGUCUGCGACCGUCUCUCGUCUAUGCAAAUCGCAUCGGGAAAUUUUCUCAAUUAAGAAAAAGUUCCAUUGAGUUUCAGAAAGACGCCCAUGGUGGAAGAAAUUGAAAAUUCAAAAAUCGACUAAUAUUGCUGGAGCAAAUCAUCAUUCUCAAGUGUUGAAUGUGAAUGCUGAAGAGCGUGAUAUCAUGCUUAAUCGAAAAGUAUUUAUAAGGAUAAUCAGUGUGCUUCUUUGCAUUGCUGCUGUUGUGGCUCUUCGUGUGACCGAUGAUGAGAGCAGACGAGUAUUCCACUAUCUUCGGAAUUACAGUCGAGAGUGGACACUCUUGAACAAUGUGACGUGGGGUAGCGUAGGUGCAGCUCUAGCGACAGUAACGUGCGGUGGUUACGUGAUAAUCACAAUGGGCCUAUUAUGUGCUGCUGCAACUGGGGAGCUUCAUGGAAGAAAAACGGAACUUUUUCUUCUUGGACUUGGAGUUAUUCUUUUUGGUGUUGUCGGAGCACUUUCGCUGGCAUCAAUUGAAAGUGUUCCACCUGAUUUAGUAGAUAAUGCCGCUGUACUUGGCGCUUUGUGCCUCGUUACUGCGCUAGUAUUCAUAGCCGAUUUACUCAUGACUACACCGGAACAGAGGAAGAAGAAGAGGCAACAUGACGACACACCAACUUACAAAGAACCAGCUAAGCCUACGACAACAUUAUCGAUGGAAAAGGAGGCAAAAAUAGGGAAAAAUGAUGGAAGCAUACAGAGUCUACAUGAAAAUGCAACAAGUGGCAAUAUUAAUGAAGGUUUUGAUAAACUAUCUCAUAAAAAUCAUCAUGAUGGAAUUCAGUCAUCGGACAGAGUACAUCGGCCGACAACGUCUGACGUUGGUGUUUCGCCAGAAUAUACCAAUAGUUCUGAUGGAGAUAUUAAAUUUAUUGAUGCUGAGAGGCAAUUUAGAGAGGCUCAAAAUAAUAGACGUCACUCGGAAAAUGCUGAUCGAUACAGGGAAUUGGAUGGAGCAAAUAAUGAGAGGAAUUUUUAUGAAGGACCGAAGCUUAUUAUCCGACCAUCUGAUGAAGUUGAUACCCCGCGAUUUCCAAUCAGUGGUGAUAAGUAUGAAGCUGCAUUUCCAAAGAUGAUCAAUCCUAGCGUCAAAAUUAUGGCAAUUGAAAGACACAUGGAUGAUAACUCCAACAAUAAUCAUGGAAGAUACUCGGAUUCAAGUCAAUAUGACAACGUGCCAACCCGUAUAGCUCCGGGAAUUCUGAAACACGAUCGAGAUCGUUCGUACAAUAUCUCGCGAGCUUUAGGUACAGAUCGCCAUAGAGACGAGAUUGAUGCACUCGAGGAGUGGGUUGGUGUGCUGCGAAAAUCAACAACUGGUACACAAACUAGAAAUAUACCGUCGUCUCCAACAGACCCGGGAUACGUCCGACAUACUGCCAAUAAUUGGCCUCGAGAAAUGAAAGGCAAAAUUUCAGGAUCCAUUCUCCAACGAGAAAUGAAUGAUGGCUAAUAUCACCGAGCAUUACAAAACUUUACAAAACUUUUUUUUUUUUUUUCCAUACAAAUUUGACUAUUUUUUUUAGUUUUCAUUCAUCAUGGAGAUUGAAAUGUACACUUAUUAACUUCUGAUACAUUGUGAAAAUAUGUAAUGGAUUUGUAUGCUUGAAAAUUUAAAAGAUUAAUCUUAAAAAUAUAUUU